GGGAGCUCGGGGCGUCCCAGCCUCGGAGGAGGGACCCGGAAGCAGAAGCGGAGCCCCGAGUCGAGCCGAGCCGCUGCCCCCGCUGCCCGCCGGCGCCGGGUGGGGGUCCCGGCGGCUGGAUGGGCAGCGGCGGCUCGGGCCGCGGGCGGCGAUGGGCGAGGAGCAGAGCACGGUGAGCGGUGCCGGCGGGCCCCUGGAGGCGCGGAUCCCCGCUGGCGACGCCGCGGGCCCCCCGGAGCCGCCGGGGCACAGCGCCGGGGCGCCCGGGCCGCGCGCCGCCUCCGCCGAGCCGAGCGGCGGCGGCUGCGGAAGCGACUCCGGCUGCGCGGACGCCGGAGCCCCGGAGCCCGCGGGGAGCCGAGGGGCCCCGAGCUGGAGCAAGAGCCGGGCACCCGGGCAGCCCGCGGGACUGGCCCUCCCCGGGCCCCUCAACCCCCAGGCUUUGCAAAAGCAGCUGGCCGAGGAGGAGGAGGAAACGGGGGAGCGAAACGAGAGCGCGGAUGAACAGCAGGAGGCGCCCCCCGGCGAGGAGCUCGAGCCCCCGACCCGUGUCCGCGUCGGGGCCCCAGACGGACUGGUCUUGGACGUGCUGGGCCCGCGGCGCCCGCCCCCGGCCAAGAGACAAGUGUUCUGCUCCGUGUUCUGCGUGGAGAACGACCUGUCCGAGGUCCCCUCGGCGGAGCGGCUCUCGCUGCCCGCGUCGCCACCUCGGGCUCCGCCGGUGACCAACCCUCCCAGCACCCCCUCCUCCUUCCCCAGCCCCCAGCUGUCGCUCCCAGCGGACCCCUUGUCCCCCGACGGCGGCAGUAUCGAGCUGGAGUUCUACCUGGCGCCGGAGCCGUUCUCCGUGCCCAGCCUGCUGGGAGCCCCACCCUACUCCGACCUGGGUGGGGUCGGGGAUCCCUAUGCGCCCCUCAUGGUGCUGAUGUGCCGGGUGUGCCUGGAAGACAAGCCCAUCAAGCCCCUGCCCUGCUGCAAGAAGGCCGUAUGCGAGGAGUGCCUCAGAGUCUACCUGAGCUCCCAGAUCCAGUGUCCUACUUGCCAAUUCGUCUGGUGUUUUAAGUGCCACUCUCCUUGGCAUGAAGGUGUUAACUGCAAGGAGUACAAAAAAGGAGACAAACUGUUGCGUCACUGGGCCAGCGAAAUUGAGCAUGGGCAGCGGAAUGCCCAGAAGUGUCCAAAGUGCAAGAUCCACAUCCAGAGAACUGAAGGGUGUGACCAUAUGACCUGUUCACAGUGUAACACUAAUUUUUGUUAUCGAUGUGGGGAGAGAUACCGCCAGCUCCGUUUCUUUGGAGACCACACCUCAAACCUCAGUAUAUUUGGAUGCAAAUACCGCUACCUCCCAGAGAGACCUCACCUAAGGAGAUUAGUGCGAGGGUCAGUCUGUGCUGGAAAAUUGUUCGUUGCACCUCUAAUUCUGGUCUUGGGAUUAGCGCUAGGGGCCAUAGCAGUUGUCAUCGGUUUAUUUGUAUUUCCUAUCUAUUGCCUUUGUAAAAAACAGAGAAAACGAUCACGGACAGGAAUGCACUGGUAAAUGUAGAUGAUGUCAUCUGACAGCGCUGGUCUGGGUAAGAACCGCACAGGAUGAUACACGCGUCAGAGGGCUGCACCUUGCAACCGCCUAGAGGAACCUUCUGCCUCCUCUUCCCCGUGUUCUCUGCAGGCCACAAUGCCUCUAGCUCCAGUGCAUUCCCAACAUGGUAUCCUGUCCUUUCCAUAUACAGAUUGCUGCUCCUACGAAACGGUCACUUUCAUAGACUAUAAACAUCUAUAUCAUAGACUCUUCGUGAUUCUUGGAAGACAGUACUUUAAUUAGAACCAGUUAUCCUCAAAACUGUCUGAGCAUGUGUCUCCUGAGCAUUGCUUAGACUGUCUUUGUCCCUAACUCUCCCUCCAGGCCUUCUUCUGAGACUUGGGGUGAAUAACUCAAGUGCCACCUGCACCAACAAGCAAGGCCACCUUUCAGAAGAUGGAGGCUCAUCACAUGCACCUAUUUUCAUCUGUGGCCCAAGCAUAUAAUUCCUUCCUCCUUCAGAUGCUCUCAUUGUUACAAAUCUCAAUGCCCAAAAAGGAACUAAUGAAACUAAAGGAGAAGAAUCGUAGUUACUGAAGUGUAUACGUGUAGGGGUGUGAAUGUGUGUGUAUAUACGUAUCUAUAUUAAAACUAGGUCCAAUACCUUGUUCUUGUCGAGUUCCAUGCCUCUACACUAUUUUUCCACAUUUUUUGUAGACGUAUUUAAAGACGAUCGUUCCUUUGUGGGCAUAAUUUGGUAACGUACUGAAUUCAAGUCAGCGUAGACAACAGGCUGUUUUGAUGUUGACCCUUUCUGUUUCUUGCUGUUUCUCUGUGUGUCUCAGAUGCACACACGAAAAUUUGUGCAGAGUCGCCUCAAGGAUUAUCAAACUUUAUAAACUGACAAAACUGAUAGGCUGCUUCUAGGAAAUUCUCGAGACCUAAACAUUCAGUCUUCUUUUCAGAUUUCUUACAUGUUGGCAUACUUGCUUCAGUCUAUAGUUAAUUUAAAUGAGUUUGCUGUAGAGAGAACUGCUGAGGCCUUUGAACAUAUCCCCAUUCUGCUAAUUGUUUAACCAACUUGUGAUGAUAAUAAUUAUGCUUUAGAUUAAGCAUAUGGUAUUAUUUAAAACCCCACCCUCUCACCUCUCCUUUCUCUCUCUCUCUGUUUAUCCCCAAGUUUUUCAUAAUAACAAAUACUGUUUUUGAAGGAUUUUUCUUAUGUUUACUGCUUCAAUGCAUAAUAAUGUGUUGGUAUCUUCUUAUGGAGGGGUGAUUUGAAAUAAAACUUUUUAUGUUCACAGGUUUAUCUAAAACAUAAACUGCUUUUAGAGAAGGAAGCAAAAAAUGAAAAAAAAAAAAAUUCAGGAUGUUUUACCCAACUGAGAGUCUUUAAAAGUAAGAAAAGGACAAGUAACUAAAUUGUGUUUUAUUUUGUUUUCAUUAUGAGUGUUCAUCAUUAAAGACCCCUAAGAAGCCUAAAGUUUCCACUUGUCUCCAAAUCCUUAACAUUAGUUAUUGGCAUUGAUGUAGCAUUUACUUGUCACCUGCCUUUUCUUAAUUGAAAUAGAUUAUGUGAUAAAACAUGCAUUAACAUGGAUAGUUUGUCUUGUUGGGCUUCAGAGUAUAACAUUUAUCAUUUUUAUUUGAUCUAAAAAGUCCGUGAUAGUGAAGUUUAUGUGCACAGAUAACAAGCCAGCACUUCCAUUCUCUGAGUAACACUCAGAAAAACUUCACUGCUGGACUAAUCUGUUUCCAGUUAGAGGAGGCUGUGUCCACUUACGGUCCUAGAAUAGCAUAUUUCAAAACAUAACAUGAUACAAGAAGUCAUGCUGUAGCUUCACGAAUUCAUCCGUGCCUCUACACUGUUUUUCCAUUCAUCCGACUAUCUAUCAAUCCAACAAAUAUUUAUUGAGUGCCUAGGCUACAUCCUUUAGUAAGAAAACUGAGAGAAUGGAAAGUUCUAGCCCUAAAUCCACAUAAUUUUGUCAUAAAAGUGCUGGAUUUUUGUAAAUUAGUCUUUCCCUUCCUGGACUUAGGUGUUAGUUUAAUGAUGUGUGCAUGUGAUGAAUUCUAAAUCUAGUGGAAGUGUCUAUGUAUGAUAUGUGUAUGUAUAUAUAUUUAGAUAUAUACAUGGCUGCAUAUGAAUACAUAUAUACCAACUAGCUAAAUAAUAUACUCUCUGGUCUUGGAUAAUCUAUCUCCUUAGGUUAUUGUAUCUGUGUGUCUGUUGUCUUUGGCCUACUCAGGGAUUUUUUAUUCCUUUCUUUGAAUAACUUAUCUUUUGGAGAUAUUUUUAUAUUAUUUGGAAAUGUUCCAGUUUUCCACUUACAGAGCAGUGUCUGUUAUCAGUGAAGGCUCUUUCAUCAACACUUGUGAUAGUGUGCACAGCAUUGCACAGGAUUUUCAUUUUUAUAUUUCGUAGACUUUUUUAAAUUAAUGUGUGCAUUUUUCACUUUCAGAGUUGCUAUAUAUCAGGCCUUGCCCUGCCAGUGACUUACAGUAGGUAUUUGUGACUUUUUUUGCUAAGUGUCAUUAAGAUCUUAAAAAAGAAGGAGAAAGAUAAAAGAGAUUAUUUAUAUGUUAGUGCCAACAUUGAAGGUAAAACAACCUUACCUUUUGGAGGAAAUUUUAAAAAUGACUUUAGAAAAAGAUGUGCAUAAGAUGAAUAUCUUUUUAUCCAAGGCUUAUCAUUUUAAUAUUUUUCAUUAUAAAUGCAAUAUAUGCUCCUUUAAAAAAAUCAGCUAUAAGGAAUUAUACAAUACAAAUUCCUCUACUUUUCCCCACCCCUUAUUUUCUAGUGGUAACCACUGUUAAUGGUUUGGUAUAGGUCUUUCCAGAUACUAUCUAAAAAUAUACAAAUAAGUAAAUAUGUAUGUGUGUAUGUGUAUCUGUGUAUGUAUUAGUUUUGUACAAAUAGAAUAAUAAUAUGCUUACUGUCCUGUGACUAUUUUUCAUUUUACUAUGUAUUGGUAGACAGAUUUCCAUAAGUGUUUAAAUAGAGUUACCUCAUUCUUUUGUAAAUUAACUACAUAUUCCAUUGAGGGGCAUACAUUAAUUUAUUUAAUCAGUCCCCUAUUAAAUGGACAUCAAGAUUGUUUUCACUUCUCUGUUACAAAACAUUGGUGAAGACCCUUUACAUAUAUUUUUGUCACUGUGUGAACAUUUUCAUAAGUUUUUAAAUUUGGUUUUUAUAUUUGUAAUAAAAUUUUAAUGCAUUUUCAAUGAAUGAAAAUCAUAGAAAUAAUAUAUUUAAGACCCUUUUCUUGGAGAAAAAGUUGUGUAAAAGUGCACCAUUUUUGAAGAAAAGCAUAUUUUGCAGGAUAAUUUGUCCUCAUGCUUGAUUAGCCAAAUAAAUAUCUUGCCAAUACAAAAGAAAAUUCAUCUUAUUCCAAUAAAAAUAAAGUGAAAUGAGAUGUCUAUAAUAUAAUGAGAGAAAGAUACAUUGAUGUUUGGAUUGCCUAGUUUGAAAACUUGAGGAAUUUAAGUGAAAUGGCUAAAGUGAUCAUGUUUGUCACAUUUUAAAAACACUAUCCAUGUUCAUGCAUGUUGUUCCACAGAGGAACUUAAUUAUGCCAUUGUGAAAAGUAGGAAGCAAUAUGUUGGUAAUUAUGAAUGACCACAUUAUCCACAGAAAAAUAACUUUGAGUGUACAUAAAGUUGGUGGUUUUUUGGGGUGCUUAUAAACAGAACAGCAUGACAUUUAUUUGACAAUGAUUCCCAGCAUUUCCUGAAGGACUUCUGUAUGUGGAGUUAAGAAGAAAAGAGGAAUCACACCUUUGGCACAAACAGCAUUCUCUUGCCACCACCCUGAUUUUGUGAUAGGUGCUAUUGUUUCCUAAAGGUAGAGCAGACUGGAAAACAAUCAAAGAUAAUUAAACACUGGUCAGGUUACAACCUGAUAUCUGUAAUUGUGCUGUCCUUUCUGUGAUAUCGGAUUCAUUAGUGCCUGUCAGGAAAUUCCCUGUCUUGUGUCAACCCAUCAUCUCUUGAGUCCCAAGGCCACAGGUGAGUCUUUAUCUUUUGAUCCUGUCACCCAAACAGAUGGCCCAAGGCUCCCCUACAAUACCUUCAAACAGUUUUCCAGUCCCCAAACAACCCAACCUCAUUUUCUCCACUCCGCUGAGACUCUAACCAGCUCCUCUGCAGUAGAAAAGAGGAGGAAAGGAGUGGGUUAAAAACUCACUUAGGAACCUGCAAGGCAGUUUCAUUCCUCCUGGACCUUUGUCAAAUUACAGUACAUCUGCCAACACAUUGAUCUAGUUUCUCCCUUAUUAAACAAUGCAGUUGUUUUUAAUACUACUUUAUAAGCUCUAUUGAAUUCAUGAUUAUAAAAGUUAGUGGCCUAAGUAAUAUUAAUUAGUAUACUUCAUUAAGUACCAAGAUAAAAAUUCAUACCAAAUGCCAUUUUAUAUUUGAAUUUUUUAUGCAAGCUGCACAUAUGCCUUAAUGUCAGUCUUCCUUUUGGAUUGUGUGCUUAACCUUUCAUAUUUGUGGCCGAGAUCUAUCUCAACUCUUGAAAGUAAUCUUUCCUGUGGUCAGCUUUAUUGUUUUGUGUUAAUGCCUAUUAUAAAUAUAGCCUUAAGGUCCAAUAAUGCACUUUAAAAUACUUGUGUCAUUUUAAGUAAUCUGACAGAGUUAAAGAAACUGAUUGCAGUGUUUCGAUGGAGACAGUAGAAUAACAGUAUUAGCAAAUAGAUGUCACCUCUUUAAAUCUGGCAGGCGAGCAGGGAGGAGGGUGGAAUCAGAAGCGGAAAAUUUAAAACAAGUAAAACAUACCUGAAAAAGAUAUAGCCAAGUUUCCGAAACAUAUAGUAAUUCUAAAAAUUGGUAUUAGGAGCUCGAACCUAGCAAGCAAUUAAUACAUGUUACCUAAUAACUUCAUUGGAAUAUUUGUUUAAAAUAUUAAGUUAGUUUCCAGUGCACGUUUUAGCUGCAUUUUUUAUUUUUCAUGAAAUCUAUAAAAGAAAUUCCACCAACUAGUACCAUAGUAAAUCAGAACUACCGUUAAUAGCCAGUGUAAGCAUAUUUUGUUUGUUCAAAUCAUUGUAUUUUAAUUAUGACAUCUUCCUCUGGAAAAUAAGUUGCAAAUGCCAUUUUAAUAUGAAUAUCCAUAAUUAUUGUUUUAAUAGUUAUGAAAUAAUUAUAAAUUUGGUAUGAACGAAAUCAGAGUCCAAAUUUGGGGAGUGCCGUCUAUGGGGUCGCACAGAGUCAGACACGACUGAAGUGACUUAGCAGCAGCAGCAGCAAGAUGGUGAAAUGCUACCUUUCCAAUGCAAACCUUUAAAAGAGAAAGACACUUCUUUGUAAAUCAUAGAGGGGCUUUGCUGGUGGCUCAGAUGGUAAAGAAUCCACCUGCAAUGUGGGAGACCUGGGCUUGAUCCCUGGGCUGGGAAGAUCCCCUGAAGGAGGGCAUGACUACCCACUCCAGUAUUCUUGCUUGGAGAAUCUCCAUGGACAGAGGAGCCUGUAGGCUACAGUCCAUGGGGGUCACAAAGAGUCAGACACGAGAGGGACUAAGCACGGCACAGAGGGUAAAGCUAUACUCAUUUCACAGCCAGCUGGUGUGUGGGGUUUGUACUGUACAUCGCUAUUCUGGGGCUGGAACUUUAGUCACUUAUUCAGAAUCCAAGAAACAGUCUCAGUAGUGUGAGACUUGCAGUCGUCUUUUUGGAUCAUUAGCUGAAGCCUUCAAGUAUCACAUACUUUACAUUUCCUCAUGAAAAAAAAAGUAUUAGUCACUCAGUCAUGUCUGACUCUUUGCAGCCCUAUGGACUAUAUAGCCUCAUACAUGGUGCCAAUUUUAGGAGCAUGUAACUUUCCACGUUAGAAAUUAUGUUCUUUUUUGGCUAAAGAAGUGACUGUUUUGAGACUAUCAAUAUGGCCUUAAAAGGCAAUGAAUUUUUUUAAAAAACAUAGAAGAUUGCUACUACCUUUUUUGGCCACUUCCUGUUAGUUUACAAAAGAAAUUUCAUUAGGUGUAUUUAACUCUGCUUUGCUUAGUUUACACACCUUAUUAGCAUAGAAAAUAUUUUUUUUUGUUUUUUCAGGGUUAUCCCACAUUUUUGUCGCUCUGAUCCAUCAUACUACUUUUUUCCCUGCUUGUAAAGUGAUAUCCACAUACUUGAACAUCAAGUUUCUGUUUUCUUUCCAGAUUUCUUAGUUAUCUUGCUUUUUCCCUCUGCAGUCCCCUUCCUGUCUUGACUGAAUGUGGGAUAACUUCUGUCUGACCAUUAACUUUUUUGACUAAUGAAAUUCAAACUGAAAGGACCCCACAAUUUGGCCCUGGUAGUAGAUCUGUAAGUUGAAACAUGCCAGGACAGCUUGGAACACUGUCCCUCUCCUUGAUAGGAGUUGGAACACCCUGCCUGCCCUUCUGUUGUUCCUCAGUCCUUAAGUCCUGUUGGAUUCUUUGUGACCCCAUGGAUGGCAGCACACCAGGCCCAGCCCUCUGAUAAGAAGUAAAAUGAAGUAAAAUGAAUGAGAAGAUGUCAGUUGAAUCAGAGAGCCUAGAAAUACUCUAAAACGUAGCUUUCAGAAUUGCUUCAGGACUAUUGUAAGGUCAAUAUUGUGUUUGCAUCUUAGUUGGACAGAAAGCAUGUGUGGAUAUUCUUUCAGUGUGACCCCCAAGUCAUUCUUGAUUCAUCCAAAAUGGCCAGAUGUGUGCCUGAGGGUCUUUGUUUCAACAAAAAUCCCACAGCUUGGUCUUAAGGCUGGAUUUAUAAUGUCACAUUUGUAUGUAAGACUUGACCAUGGAUCCUUACUCUGUGAACAUUAUUAGACUUUUUGAUAAUCUACAGUGGAUGGCAUUGAAUGUAACUCAUAUCAGCCCUUUUCUAGAGAAACCAUGCAAAGUUUGCAGAUGUUCAACAUUUUCAUUGAUAUGAAAACCCACACUCAAGGUAUAUUAGUAUAGGUUUAUUACAUAAUAUGGAAGAACCUAAGGGAGAGUCAAACUUGGGUGUUAUAUGCCCCCCAAAUUGCUGAGAUAAUGUUACUUCAAAUUUUUCCUUGUAGCUGGCCCACUACUUUGGUUAUCAGUUCCCUGUAAAGUUAGGUGUUCACCUCAUGCUCCCACUAGAGGAAUAGUGUGAAUAAUUCAGUCAAGUUCUUAAAAAUAAUAUUUUUCACUAUAUAUUAUUUCUUCUAUGUCCAAAUAUACCUUUAUUCUUUCAAGUAAACACUAUCUAAAUAUAUGAUAGAAGUAUCUGAAAUUUUCAGUUUAUACAAAAUUAGCAUGCUUUAUGUUCCUUUAUAAAGAAAAUUCUAGGUAAAGUGUGAUUUUUAUCAGCUGAUUACAAACCCUUUCUUUAAGACGUAUUAUUUUAAAUUCUAUAUGGCAAUAGCUUAAUUUUGUUAUUUGAUCAUAUUCAUCAUAAUUAAAAGUCUUUAGAUGGUCUUGAAAAAAGUAAACCUACCUUGUAUCUUGUAUGAAACUUAGAACACUAAUUGGUAUAUUGGCAAAUAUAUAUAUAUAUAUAUAUAUAUAUAUAUAUAUAUACACCUUAACAAGGACAAUCUGUUACAGAUUUUUAAUAUAAAAAUUAAUUGACAAUCUUGUUUAUUAUGAAAGACAUUAUUAGUUUAAUAAGUAAUACAUUUUGAGAUAUCAUAAAAAUAAUUUUAUGUUGAAAGAACAUGAAAACAGUGGCAUAAACAUGUUGUUAGGUUAACACAUUAUUAAGAAGCCACAACAGUUAGUUGUUUUGUUUUUAUUGCAAACAAAAUUAUUAGAUGUCUUCAUGAAACAAAUUUAUUUAUAUGUAUAUAUACGUUGCAAAAUUGUGGGCCUGUUCUCUUUUUCAAAACGAAUUUAAAAUACUAAAAAGAAAAACAUUUGAGUCUUUAAUCUGUCAUUAUUGUAUAUUUAGAAAUUGCAGUUCUAAAGAAUAAAUUUUAUUUCCUUUGAAUUACCAGAAUAUAUUCCAUUUAAAUUACAUUCUCACAAACAAUAGCAAAUGAAAAGAAUGUCUUAAAUUUUAAGAUGAGUGACUUUGACUAGUAGGUUGUACCAGAUCUUGUCAUAGUCUCAUUACAUUCUUUUCAUUUUCUGUAACAUUAAUAAUGGCAUACUCCUUUUCAUAGUAAUAUAUGAGCCUGGUUGAAAAGAGAUUUUCUUUGCUUUUUCAAUGACAUUGGCAAAUAUUUAUGUAAUUUUACUUUUUAUCCCUUUCUACAUUUCAUUGGUCAUACUAUUAACUUUGGUAUUCAUAAAACUAUAUGGAGGAAGUCAUUUUGAAUAUAUUUUAAGAAAGAGGGAUGUAGAAAGAAAAUAGAAAAUAUUAAUACUCUUUUGUAGAAAUUCCUAAAAGAAAAUUGGAAAGGAAACAGAUUCUGUUGUGAUGAAAAUGUCAAACAAUUGGGAGUGUUUAAGACUUUAAUUUCUUACAUUUUUAGAGUGAUGGGCUUCUUAUCUCCAAGUGGUUAUUUCAUGCUGUUGGUUCCAUGAAUUGUGCUUUUAGCAUAAUAUAUAAUUCCUCCCCCCAGUAUUCUACUGUUUAUACAUUAAUUACUUUUAAGAAGAGAAGAAAUUAGUGAAUUAAGGUCAGGGAAACUGGGUUUAUUACCAUUUUCCAAUAGCACUAAUGUAUAGGCCCUUUAACCUUCCAUAUGGUGCUUUGUGUGAUGAGAGUAUGAAACAUUUAUCUCUGUUAUUAGUGCCUUAUUUUUUUCACUUGACUUUGUUUCUUAUCUGAAGAGCCAUGUAUUUUUGUGAGUGUUUCUUUGUCCUUCUAUUUAAAGUGCUGAUGAGACACUUUAGGAAUAUAUAUAUGUAGGCUGCAUUUGCCACCUUCAUUCACUGUAUUUUCUCCAGAACAGCAGGUUAGCCAAUAUAUUUUUCUUAAAUUCAUUGUCAUUUUUAAGCUAAAGUAUUUUAAAAAAGGAUCUUAAACACCAUAAACUGAAGCCAUUACAACUGAAAUGUAUUUUUAAGCCACCAAAAAGAAUGCUGAUUAUUAAAGUUUAAAACAAGAGUUGGAAUGGCUAUAAGUCUUUAUAGCUACAAUUAGGACAAAAUUACAAAGGAUUAAAAAUAAAAGUAAUUAUAUGGUACUUCAGGAAUUUGACCAGUUUACUACCACUUGUCUUUGAUAAUACUUUGUCUGUAAUUCCACAGAGAUGCCGAAGAAUUGAUGGUGUUUGCUGUUUAAAUGGAGUUACUCAUUCACAGUGGGCUUUAUCAACAGUGAGACAUUUGGACAAUAUAUUAUCCUGCUCUUCUUGGUCUUUGCCUUUUAUGUUAGUUUUAUACAAAAAGCUGGUGGUGUUGUAUUCUUUAUGUACCAUAGUAUAUAAUUCAACUUUUCCUGAUGAAUGUAUAACAAAUAAUUAAAAUAAAUCAUGUGUUUAGAAAAGACAAAGACACAGGUUGUAUAUGCAAAUAUGUGUAAAUAUUUGACAAAGAAAAAAAGAGGAGAAGAAUCUUCCUGCCAACCGAUAUGUCCUGCUGGAUGGGACAUGGAAAUUAACAGAUUUUCUUUUUUUUUAAGCAGUGAAAUUUAAAAAUCUAUUACCUCAAGAAUUUUCAGUAGAUAUGUAUCAGUGUAACGAUCCUUCAUAAAUACAUUCUCACUUGCUGCUGGCGGUAAAAGCAACCCACGUGUCAGAUCACACAAAUUUUAGGGUCAAGCUUUUCAAAAGAUGGACACCUUGUAAGACUUUGGAGUCCAAUUUUGGACUUUUAGUAAUGUCCUUAUGGCUCUGUGUUGUGGUUGGGCUUCUACAUUUAUUUUUUGUUGCUUUUGGUUGAUUGUUCUAGAAUGGAAGGGUAAUCUUAAUCAUGAGAUCAGAUCUCAUGGAGGGGUGUAACAACAUUCACUCUACUUGGAUGCAGACUAUAAAGGGAACCAACUACUUUGUCACUGUAUGAACUGUUGUGUGGAUUCCUGUGGAGUGCUGUUUACUUGCAUGAUGUGUGCAGGACAUCAUGCACCAUCAUCUAGCAAUGCCUAAUAAAAGUUUUUAAAAGAGAA